CUGGGGAAAAGCCAUAUAAAUGCAUGGAGUGUGGAAAGUGCUUCAAUAACUCAGGUUCUCUCACUAUUCAUAAAAGGAUCCACACUGGGGAGAAACCAUAUGAAUGCAAGGAAUGUGGAAAGAGCUUCACUCAAAAACAUCAUUAUACUAUACAUAACAGAAUCCACACUGGGGAAAAGCCAUAUAAAUGCAUGGAGUGUGGAAAGUGCUUCAAUAACUCAGGUUCUCUCACUAUUCAUAAAAGGAUCCACACUGGGGAGAAACCAUAUGAAUGCAAGGAAUGUGGAAAGAGCUUCACUCAAAAACAUCAUUAUACUAUACAUAACAGAAUCCACACUGGGGAAAAGCCAUAUAAAUGCAUGGAGUGUGGAAAAUGCUUCACUGAGUCACGUUCCCUCACUUCUCAUAAAAGGAUCCACACCGGUGAGAAACCGUAUGAAUGCACUGAGUGUGGAAAAUGCUUCACUGAGUCACGGUACCUCACUUCCCAUAAAAGGAUCCAUACUGGGGAAAAACCAUAUAAAUGCCAGGAGUGUGGAAAGAGCUUCAGAGAUUCAAGUUCUCUUAUUUCCCAUAAAAGGAUCCACACUGGGGAGAAACCUUAUAAAUGCAAGAACUGCGCAAAAAGCUUCAGACAAAAAUAUCAAUAUACUGUACAUAGCAGAAUCCACACUGGGGAGAAACCGUAUAAAUGCCUGGAGUGUGGAAAGAGCUUCCGUUCUGCAAGACACCUUCCUUCCCAUAAAAGGAUCCACACUGGGGAGAAACCAUAUAAGUGUAUGGAGUGCAGAAAAUGUUUCAGAACCAGCAGUGUGCUUAGUCACCACAGGAGGAGCUACACAGGGGAGAAAUCAUAUAAAUGCCAUGAGUGUGGAAAACACUCCACUGAGGCAGGUUCCCUCAUUUCCUGGAAAAAUGUGAAGUGAGGCUGGUUCCAUCCUUGUUGAUUUUCGGGAAGUCCCUCAAAACCUGGUUGUGCCAUCAAGCCUGGGGACCCCAGGGAACCAGUGAGAUACUGAGGUGUUUCCAUUGUUAUUAACAUCUGCCGUUCUCUUUUAGCCUUGUGUUUUUAAAAUCUGUUAAUAAUAAUUGCUUUUUAUAUAGCAAUUGUUUUUUUAAUUUUAUUGUACUCUACCCAGAGUCACUUUUGUGUGAAUUUGACAAAUAAGAAAUAAUUAAAAGGUUCCACGCUGAGAGAAACCACA